UGGAAAUAUUCGGGUAUUUUUCUGCCUGUGUAUGAUCAUUGUAACGCGUCCGUGCGUCUCUGCAACCCCGGCUUCUCGUCACCGAGGGCGGCUGCAGCGGAGUGGGGCUUCAUCAGUGUCACGAAUCCGGAUUUCCCCAGCCCUUUGCCGGCAGAGAGGGUGGGGAGGACCGGGGACAGGAGUCAAGCCAAUGUGAGCUCAGCCAUCGCCCAGCUCUGUCGUUUUGACUCGGCAACUGUUUAACGGCUGCUCAGAUCGAACCUCUCCAUCCAGUCACAUCAGUGUUCAGAGAAAGUCCUGUCUGUGCACCAUCAGUCAGAUUUCUCCUGUGUUGGUGUAUUCUGAUGGAUCAGUAUGUCUACCACUAAUAAUAUCGCCCAGGCCAGGAAACUAGUGGAACAGCUGAGGAUUGAGGCAGGGAUCGAACGCAUCAAGGUGUCCAAAGCAGCAGCAGACCUGAUGAGUUACUGUGAGCAGCACGCUCGUAGCGACCCUCUGCUGGUUGGGGUUCCCACCUCCGAAAACCCUUUCAAGGACAAGAAACCCUGCAUCAUCCUAUAGCUGCGCUCCACUUCUCCUGCCCUCACACACACACACACACACACACACACACACAUACAUAAAUACACAUCCACAUACAGCCAUGCACAUACACACAAUGUACACAUUCAGUACCUAAAUUGAUCCCCAGACACACACAUACAAAUUCACAACUUCAAGCAGCCCUGUCCAGUCAUACAGGGCUGUAUCUAGUAUCCUCACACACACACACACACACACACACACACACACACACACACACACACACACACACACACACACACGCAGAAAUACACAGAUACACACACUCCCAAAAUAGCCACUCUGGAAAAGCGCCAUACCCCAGAGCCACAGCUAAGGGGCAGGUAUCAUGUGCUCACAGUGGCCGAGAUCAGUAUAUCACUGAGUAUGAUCCAAGGUGCUUUGGUAAUAUUCAUAUAUGCUGGUAAAUUAACUACAAGUGUUAGCUUAACUUGAAAAGGGAUUUGGACAUUAAUAAGUGGGAAACUGGGAUUUUUUUUCCUUCUUUUGUCAUGAAAUGAGGGGCUGGGUAAAGGAUGGACAGCUGUGCCAUAGGCAGGGAGUGGGAGGAUGCAUGUGGGCAACAGAAAUGGGCGGUAGGCGCUUCUGCAAACUGUGCCAAACACGACCUGGUGUCCCAUUAAAAGCUCGAUAAAUGCUUCUUCUUUCAUGUGGGAGUUAAAAAAAAAAAGGUCUGAGAGCUUUGUCCUCAGACUUGCCUGUGCUACAUCAUGGCGGGGCCUUUUGGAGCAAGUGGCUAAAGCCUUUGCCUUUAUCGGGCUAUAGCAUGUUCCCACCCAAAACCUGUAUCAACAGACCUUCUCUGCCUGUGGCCUCAAUAUGGCCGUCUGCAGCCUUCGGCCAAAACCUCCAGCUGUGCCAAGCUGUACUGAAAGUCGUCUCUAGAUGCUGAUCUGCUGUCACACUGAUUCCACAGCAGUUUAUUAUGGCUGCUGUUGGCUGAAAUCGAUGUCUAACCUGACCUCAGAUCUGCACCUAAGAGGGGAACACAGCUCUACACAGAACUCAAGCUAAUAACCCCGGACGUUUACUGCAUUUUUCUUAAGAAAUACAUGUUUGUGAACUCAAUGUACGUUUUGAUAUUUUGUUGACACAUUACUUAACAGAUAAUACUGUACUUUUUUUUUAAUUGUUUUCUUUGACAUGGGUGCUGCCCCUGGCUGAUCAGGUUUCUUUUCCUGCUAGCAUUCAUGAAACGACAGGAGAUCUGAUUUUAAGCUGGGGGUAACACCUCGCCAGGUACCUGCUAGAAUCUUAAACAAGGGUUUCUACUGUACAUCAAGCCUCCCUGUGCUUUACCCUGAGAGAGGGCGAGGUCAUUCACUGACCACACUUGAGAAUCGGUCUGCAAGGACUGCAAGGCUGGAGGAGAGAGCUCAAACUGAAAAACUAAAAAUGAAGCCAUCCCAAAAAAGUAAAAACAAUGCUUUCCAUUUCCUACCUUCUCUGCUCAUGUAAAAGAAGAGAUAGAUUGCAAACGGAUAGUGCAAAGAUGGAGUUGUUUGUUUUAUUCGCCUCUUCUGUAGAGAAGGGGUGUCUUAUUUUAAUGCAUAAUAAUCCUGGCUAUAAAUCAGAUAGAAUGAAUAUGGCCUGGCUUUACCAGUCUUUAAAGUUUCCAGUCUCCCCAGUGCAACAGCUCGCUUUAAGGUGUGCUCAAACUGGUCAGGGUCUGGAUCGGUAAGAGCCGGAGGUCCCCUCUCAGUUUCCUCCUCUCCUCCACAGCGCUCCUCCUCUCUGAAAAACCAAACUUGAUUGUAAAAACUGAAGAUGGAGUGGGGGAAAAAAACGAAGUUAAGAGAAACAAAAAAAGUGUAUAAACUUUCUUUCAGACAUGUGCAGAAGUGAUAAGUUGAAGAGUAGCUGUUUUGGGUUUAUUUUUGAGUUUUCUUCUUUCUAUGGAGUCCAUGGAACCUGGUCAGUUGAGUAUUAUCCUGUACAGUGUUUGUAAGAUACAAAAUCUAAACACAGAAUCCCCCUCUGUGGAUGUUGGAUUUUUUUAGUACUACUUAUUCUGUUCUGUUCUGUCAGGAUCAUAUCUGUCUUCAUUUAUUGUUAAUUUUUUUUUUUUUGUCAUUCAGAGUUUAGAGGCUUGCGAUAGCGGAGAUUGGUUUUAACCACAGAUACAAAUACAACCACCUGAUGAGGAUAAAAUAAAUGGUAAAAGUUAGAAACAUGAACCCUCUUAGGUUUAGGAUUUUAUCCUGUUAGAGGAUGAAUCAACAUCGGACCUCAUACCAGUGGCAAAAACCAACCUCCUGAUCUAUCCUUUAACACCAGAGCAGCCCACAGAUUUUAAGUUUUUUUCUCAAGUGUUGGCUUUGGUGGGUGACAGACAACAAGGACAACACACACAUACACAUAAACCACACCUACACUCUCUUUUUAGUUUAGGAGCUAUAAGGGCUUUGGCACUGAAGGCUUGUUUUUAACGUUUUAAUUGCUGAAAGAAGAGAGCUUUGUGCCAUCAUAAUUACACUUCAGCUUUUGUCAGGAGUUACUUACAGUAACAGAGCUGGGUGGGGACAGGACUUACCGCUGUUGAUUGACUGUCAUGGGGGUUGAGCCCACUGCUUUUCUGUUCUCUGAUCGCUAGGUCAAUAUGACCCACCUGCUACACUUGUUUUUGGGAGUGAGGAGCUUUCUUGGAGGUAGUGAGAGGUGAGCAGUUGUUUAUGUGUUAAUGGGUCCACACCUACUCAUCUCUGAGUGUUAAAGGCCACCAGGGACGCCUUAAAAAGUAGUUAAGUGUUGCAUUUAGUCCAUAAGAGCUCCACAUUGUAUGAAUCUUGAAAUAAGGCAGCUUUUUGGCAACUUUUUAGCUCAUCUUUAGAGGAAUAGUUCAACAUUUUUGAACACUUAUUUGAGUUCUUGCUGAGCGUUUGAGGUGACGAUUGACAUAACUCUCAUAUCUAUAGGUUAAAUAUGAAGCUAUCAGCAGCAGUCAGUUAGCUUAGCUCAGCAUACAGACUGAGAACAGGGGAAAAAUGCUAGCCUGACAAUGUGCAAAGGUAACACAAUCCACCAACCACCAUCUCUGACGCUUGCUAAUUUACACCUGAUGUUAAAUUCAUUUGAUUGGAAAAAUGAUAUUUUUCUGUAUUGAGCUUUAGGGGUGCUAGAAGGCUGGUUUUAUCACCUUUACACACAGCCAGGGUAGCUGUUUCUCCCUUUUUGCAAUCAUUAUGCUAACCAAAGCUAACCAGCUGCUGGCUGUAGCUUCAUUAUUAACCUACAGACAGUGGAGUGGUGUAAAUUGCCUCAUCUGACUCUCAGCAAGAAAGCAUAUUUCCCCAAAUGUGAAACUAUUCCCUUUUAAAAAUUAAAACUUGAUGGCACAAUACAAGGUUAAAUAUCUCUUUAGCAUCACUGCUAAUCAGGCUCCUGAUACAAAGCCCUGCUUCAUCUUUCAUUUGCCUUUGUUCCUAACAGAGAGAGCAGGCCGUUCCCAAAGUACAGAGAGAUCAGGAGCUGGAGAAAGGCCAUAGUGAGGGCUGAGGGUAUGUGUGUUUGUGUGCGUGUGUGUGUGUGUGUGUGUGUGUGUGGGUGUGUGUCAGAUGCUAGAGUUUGGUAGCUGAAAAGAUGAUUUGAAGAGAAGAAAAUAAUAGAGGUGUAUGCAUGUUUUGUGUGUGUGUGUGUGUGUGUGUGUGUGUGUUUCUGCAUGUGUGUGUGUUCGAGUGCGCAUGCAUGAAUUUGUGUAUUCGUGCUGUGCAGAGUGUCCUAGUAAUGUUACAGUACUGUAGCCCUGUAAUUCCAGGUCAGAGAGAUUCUGACCAGAGGAGUGUGAUCAUGUGAUACUGUGUGAGUCAGAACGGCACGUACGGCCUCCACUCGUUCUUUUUAUCAGAGGCCAGCCCGCACAUUUGGAAGAAGCCUAACAUCUAUUGCUGUCACACGCUAAAAUUAUCCAGUUGACGUGUAGAAGGUUAUUUUUGAUGUGAUGACCAAUAAUAGCUAUGAUAAUGGUAACAAAGAUGACAAAUUCACUUAUUUAAAUAGUUUAUUUUUCAGUUUAGUUAUAUCUGUGCCUGUCUCAGCUAUACUGUAUUAGCUGCAGGUUAUUUCACCACUCAUUUAAACCUUAGUGACCUUAAGGAAUAGUUUAACAUUUUGGCGUAAUUCACUUAUUCAUUUUUUUCCAGAGAGUUCGGUUAGAAAAAUUGAUUGUUGAUUGUUUGCUGGAUAUGAUGAUAGGUUAGCUUAGCUUAAAGACUGGAAACAGAAGGAAACAGCUAGCCUAGCUGGCUCUGUCCAAAGAUAACAAAAUUCACCUACCAGCAACAAAUGAGAUAUAACGUAUUAUUUAGUGAGCUUUUGAAGUGCUGGUGGGCCGAUUUUGUUGUCUUCAUACAGAGAUAGGCUAGCUGUUUUCUCCCAGUUUCCAAUUUUUUAUGCUAAGCUAAGCUAACCAGAUGCUGGUUGUUGCUUUAUAUUUAGCAAACACAUAUGGAAGUGUCUGUUCUUUGAAUCUAACUCUUAGCAAAAAAACAAACAAACAAGCGUAUUUCUCAAAAUGUCAAACUAUUCAUUUGAAUUAAAUGAAUUCCUUUAUCUUAUCUGUGGAGAUAAUUGAGAAGAAAAAAAGAACAAGGAAUCCAUAGUGACCGGUAGGAAGUUACUCAGAAUUACAAAUCCAGGGGCUAAAUUGACUUUUGCCUGACUCUGAUCUGUUGAAAGAUUGAGGAAAUAACUGAAUCAUUCUACAUGUUUAAGAAAGGAAAUGCAGUUUCUUGUCAUUUUUUUUUUUUUCAUCUAAACUCAAAGAGAAUUACAACUGCAUAAGACAUACAUGCAUAUCAUAUCAGCACACACACAUGCAUACACUAAUGUUGUCCUGAUGGUGUCUGACAGAUGCUGUUUUUUUUAUCAUCAUUGUUUUUCAAUCAUUCCAUAGCUGGUUGGGCUUACAAUCAGAGACAGCUGGCCUAAAUUGCUGGUUCGGCUGAAAGUUUGUCUGAUUGGUUGGUUGUCAGUUUGCCUUAUAGUGGCGUAUAUUGUGUUAAUGCUGGUGUUGGGGUUAUCAGAUCAACAGAAUGAACUGUCUUAAAGUAGAACACAUGGCUCAAGAUGGAAAUCCACUGGUGUUGUGACACAAAAGCCGGAGCCCGGUGAAAUUCAUAUCUGGUCAGGUGGGGAGAGUUGAGGCUCCUCACUGGUGGACUUUUCAUAUCAAACAUCACUGAAUCGGCUCUGAGCCCUUCCCGAGACUCAUCUUUUGUGUUCUGAUCUCCUGUGUAUGCAUACAGUAUAUGUAUCUUUUUGCCUUGAUUGAUUAUGAAGAAAAUAUAUCUAUUUUUUGUAACUGUUCUCUGAUGUGCCAUAACUCAUGUUUUCUUGCACACUGUUAAUAUUUUGUGGAUAUUGCUGUUUAAAAAGACGAUAUUGAGAAGUAGAUAACAUUAAUAAAAAGAUGAUAUAAUAACA